AUGACAAAUCUGGAACAUUUACCGAAUGAAGUAUUUUAUGAGCUGUUCGAAUAUUUCAACGUCAUCGAACUUAUCCAUGCUUUCAGAAACCUUAAUUCUCGUUUCAACAAGCUUCUUUUCACCGGCUUCCGUUCAUAUCGUCUAGACUUGCGUUCAAUAUCCAAGACGAAUUUCAAUCUAGUGUGUACACAAUACUUACCGGGAAUUAUCGAUCAAGUUUGCUUACUUUGUCUUUCCAACGAAUGUGAAACUCCACAAUUGUACAGACACCUUCUCAAUUUCAAUCUUACCGUUGACGAGUUCACACAUUUACAUGCACUUUUACUUCACAGAAUCGAUUCGGCGAAUGUUCUUCUUGAGAUUACCUCCGAUUGUUUUUACCUUCCACAUCUUACUCAUUUAAAAAUUACCAAAUGUAAAUUUACCAGUGAAUACGCUCCGAAAGAGCUACUUAACAACAUUUGGCAUUUGAAUUCUCUCACAGAUUGCACUUUGGAUAUGACAUUCGAACAGAGUCUGAGGUUUUCUGGACUGUCGAUGAUCUCUAAAACAAUGAAAUAUCUAUCAAUAAAAUGUCACACAUUUUCUUCAAUGGAACUUAGUCAUCUAUUCAGUUUAACACCGCAUCUUCAACAUCUUUCUAUCAAUAUCGGAGAAACCGCUGAUAUUAAAUCACAAUACAUCAUUCCUGCUCCACUCCUUACUCGUCUAAACCUUCAUUUUGGCGGUACACUCUCCACUCUGACAAAGAUUUUGCGAAGUACACCGAAUUUACGACAUCUCAAACUUGAAACUGAAUCGAUCAAUUUAAACGGAAACCAAUGGCAACAACUUCUGACGGAGUAUGUAUCCAAGAUCGAAACAUUUCGGUUUCUUAUUCGAGUUCUAUCAUUAAAAUCCGAUCAUGUCGAAGAACAUCUCGACGAAUUCUUUCAAACUUUUCAAACUUCAUUUUGGCUCGACGAACAUCAAUGGUACGUUCGAUGCGAUUUACCGCAGCAGUCGGGUAAAAUAUUCAUUCUCUAUACUUUACCUUACUGUUCGAAGUCAACUCACGUUGUUUAUCAGAAUCGAUGGUCGAAAACGACUCUUCCUCAGCUGGAUAGGUCGAACUGUUUUGAUCAAAUCUCAGAUGUCUUUUAUAAACGAUGUAAACUUAACUCAUCUUUACCAACGAAUUGUUACCCGAAUAUUCAUCGUCUGACGCUAAGCCUACCGCACGAUAGGAACUUUUGGACGAUCAUUCCGCAACUAGAUUCUUUAACUUCAUUGAAGGUCAUUGAGAAAAAAGAAGAUGAUCGAUCGGAAUAUCAAUUGAAAACUUUAGUCGCCCGAACGCGUCGUCUCAACACGCUAAAUAUCGAUGCAUUGUUAUUUCUGAGAUUGUUACGAAUGAAUUCUCAUCACGCAUCAGUACGUCAACUUGAAUUGUUGCCUUACCACUCGAAAAAAAACCGUUAUUUAAAUGCAACUCAAUGCGCUUUCCUGGCCGAUUCAUCAUUCGGACAACAAUGUGAAGUUCUUCUCGUUUAUAUCAAAACUCGAACAAUUAUUCUUGAUCUCAUACGAAAAAUGUGCAAUCUUCGAGCACUGCAUAUACAUUGUCAAGACGAUCAUGCAGACGCUGACUUGGUCGAAUGGCUGAAGAAUUCCUUGCCAGAUACAUGUUCAAUAGCUCGGUGUCGAUCUGGCCCCAUCCAGAUAUGGAUUCAGUGA